CAUUGUUCAUCCUCUUUAAAUAAUAUAAAAAAAAAGUUUUUCUUUUUUGUUGGGUUUAUCACUGUGGGAUGCAUGUGUUGUUAGGAGUUUAUUUUCAGGUGUGGAAAUAUUGAGUGGAGGGAAUUGAUGUUAAUUUGAUGGACCAGACAAGAAGCAAAGGCAGUGGUGAGGUAUUGGAUCAUGUUGAUGAAGGGGUGGAUGAGAAUUUGGGCCAUUUGGUUGAAGGAGUUGCAAUUGAUGCAGGAGCUGGCCAUAGCUUGGGCUACAGAGUUAGUAUAAAUGGGGAAGAUAGGACUUCAGAAGUUAUGUGCAAUGAUCUCGGAUUGAAUAAGGAGCUGAAGGAGGGAUCUCAAGAAGUUAAAGGUCAGGACAUGGGUGACCCACAAAAAAUCAAUGAUACAUUGCAAGGGGUUGAUCAAGGAACUAGCUAUAAUUCUAGAAAUUCAGUUACUAGGGAAGUACUUGAGACCUGUGUUGUAAUAGAUUCUUCUUCUCAGAUUGAGAAUGCCAAUGCAGAUAAUAUGAAAUCGGAAGCAAAAGAUAAUGAAUUAAGGUUGAGCAAGGUAUCCAUGAAAGCACCACAGAAAGGAGUGUCCGAGACAGAUAAAAAUUCAUGUGUGAUUGAUGUAAACUGCGGUGGCUGCAAAGGGUUUAGUGAGAGCUUGGAAGGUGAAAUGAUUUGUAGGAUUUGCCAUCUGUCCUCUGGGCAACCAUUAGAAGCAACAGCUGUUGGCACUGCAAAUAGGGUUAAUACUAGUACAGAUUUGAUUCAGCUUGGUUGUGCAUGUAAAGAUGAGCUAGGCAUUGCGCACAGUCAUUGUGCUGAGGCAUGGUUCAAGAUUAAAGGAAACAGGUUGUGUGAAAUAUGUGGUGAGACUGCGAAAAAUGUUUCGGAUGUUACUGGUAAUGAAUUUAUGGAAGAGUGGAAUGAAAGUAGAUUCAUGGAAAGUGAUGUUACCUCAUCUGGCGGGUUUGGUGGGUGCUGGCGUGGACAGCCAUUUUGUAACUUCUUGAUGGCGUGCCUGGUAAUAGCUUUUGUUCUGCCAUGGUUCUUUCGUAUAAAUAUGUUCUAGUGGAGGAGCUAACACUAAUCUUCCCUUCAAAUCUUCGUCCCUGUCUAUAUGAUGAGUGCAAUAUUGGUUCCUGGCACAUACAUUCUCUGAAGGGGUGGUAAUGCUUAACCAUGUCCAAAUUCACAUUUCUCAGGGUAUGUAACCAAGUACCCUGAAGCC